AAGCACAUGAAAACUAUUAAAUGAUUUUUAUAUUCAAAUAUUUAAUUUCCUAAAUCAUCAUCGUCGUCGUCUUCCUCAUUUCUCUCGUCCUUUCUCGAAACCCUAGCGAGAUUACCAAUUUCGUUUCCUGAGAUCGAAUCCUCACCUUCUUAUGACGUAACGCUACCUCAAUUUCAUCGAAUUAGGUUAAUUUCGCGAAGAAUCGAGUAAAAAAUGUCAACUGUGACUACGGAGAACUCCUCAUCAUCACGCCGUCUCUCCUCCGACGCAAUCGAUCAAUCACCGUUGCUAUUAACCGGCGAUGAAGGAGGAGGUUCCGGGAACAACGGACGGAGAUCCUCCGUGAGGAGACAAGGAUUGAGGGAAGCGGCGAGGUUUCUAAGCCGCGCGAGCAGCGGAGGACGCGCGAUGCGGGAGCAGUCUGUGAUUGUGAGGGAGGCUGCGGCGGAGCAGUUGGAGGAGAGGCAGAGCGAUUGGGCCUACUCGAGGCCCAUCGUGGUGCUUGACAUCGUGUGGAACUUGGCGUUUGUGUCUGUUGCUGGGGCUGUGCUGGUGAUGAGCAGGAAUGAGCAUCCGAUUAUGCCGCUUAGAGUUUGGUUAUUGGGGUAUGCGUUGCAGUGUGUGUUGCAUAUGGUUUGUGUGUGUGUUGAGUAUAAGAGGAGGAAUAGGAUGAGAACUAAUAGGAGGAGUUCUCCUUCUUCGUCCUCUUCAUCUUCUUCCUCUAUGGAGGAAGAUGCUUUGGGUUCAAGGAGGAAUUCAGAUGAGCAUCUGGAGAGCGAAAGCAGCAGCAGUUUUGCGAAGCAUCUGGAAUCUGCCAACACAAUGUUCUCAUUUAUUUGGUGGAUCAUUGGGUUCUACUGGGUGUCUGCUGGUGGCCAAGAGUUGGCGCAAGAAUCCCCACGGAUUUACUGGUUGUCUAUCGUCUUUCUGGGUUUCGAUGUGUUCUUUGUUGUCUUCUGUGUUGCCUUGGCCUGCGUUAUUGGCAUUGCUGUCUGCUGUUGCCUGCCGUGCAUCAUUGCAGUUUUGUACGCUGUUGCAGAUCAGGAAGGGGCGUCAAAAGAAGACAUUGAGCAGCUCACCAAAUUCAAGUUUCGGAAAGUUGGUCGUGUCAACAAACACGCCGGUGAUGACGCCCAAGCAAACACCGAGGGGAAAAUGACAGAGUGUGGUACAGAUUCACCCCUUGAACAUACCAUUCUUCAGGAGGAUGCAGAAUGUUGCAUCUGUCUCUCUGCAUAUGAAGACGGAACCGAACUAAGGGAACUUCCUUGUGGCCAUCAUUUCCACUGCUCAUGCGUAGACAAAUGGCUAUACAUAAACGCCACUUGCCCACUCUGCAAAUACAACAUCCUCAAGAGUAGCAACUUGGACCGUGAGGAAGUCUAGAAGAAAAAUAUUCGCUUAUUCAUGACCCCACAUAACAUUUGAUCAGGAAACUUGGGGUCCAAAGGUAAAAAAAAAAACGACUGGUGUUUUUUAGAUAUGAUGCAUUGUUUGUGAUUUGCUAUCUAUACAAAUUAUUAUACGUUUGUUUGUUUUUAUAUUGAUUUUUUGGUUUGUACAUGUAUAUCUAUCUUCUGUCACUUACAACCACUAUUUUGUAUUACCUCUCUGUAUCAUGGAUCUUUCAUCAUCUGGAGAUUGGUCAUUGAAGA